AAACGCCGGUGGCGGGAGAGAGGGGAGGAUUUUGCGCUAUCGCGUUGUACGUUUACGAGAGGCACGUCGACGUCAGUCAAUCGACUGCGUGAAGCUCACGGUCUUUACGCACAGCGGCCGUAGUCACGUCGACGUGUAAUUAUGAGCUGCGGAUUCGUCACUUGCGGCCCGAACGAGGCUCUCGUCGUCUCAGGAUGUUGCUACACCAAACCUCUCUUGGUGCCUGGAGGCCGGGUGUUUGUCUGGCCCCUCGUACAACAAGUACAAAAGAUUUCUCUGAAUACGAUGACCUUACAAGUCGAGAGUCCAACAGUAUACACCUGUCAAGGAGUUCCAAUAUCUGUAACAGGCAUUGCACAGGUAAAAAUUCAGGGACAAAAUGAAGAGAUGCUAUCUACGGCGUGCGAGCAGUUUCUUGGAAAAACUGAAGACGAGAUACAUAACAUAGCUCUUGUCACUCUAGAAGGACAUCAACGAGCUAUAAUGGGUAGUAUGACUGUAGAGGAAAUUUACAAGGAUCGUAAAAAGUUUAGCAAGGAAGUCUUCGAGGUGGCGAGCAGUGAUCUAGUCAAUAUGGGCAUUACUGUCGUAUCGUAUACAUUAAAAGAUAUCCGAGAUGAGGAAGGGGCAAAGGGUUAUUUGCAAGCACUCGGUAUGGCACGUACCGCAGAGGUGAAGAGAGAUGCUAGAAUAGGUGAGGCAGAAGCUCGCAGAGACGCUCAAAUUAGGGAAGCCAUCGCCGAGGAGCAAAGAAUGGCUGCGCGUUUCCUUAAUGACACAGAGAUCGCAAAAGCGCAGCGUGAUUUCGAAUUGAAAAAGGCUGCUUAUGAUGUCGAAGUUCAGACCAAAAAAGCUGAUGCGGAAAUGGCCUUCGAACUGCAAGCGGCGAAAACUAAGCAGAGGAUUAUGGAAGAGCAAAUGCAAGUGAAGGUUGUGGAACGCAGUCAGGAGAUCGCCGUGCAGGAGCAGGAAAUGUUGAGACGCGAGAGGGAAUUAGAUGCCACUGUGCGACGUCCUGCUGACGCAGAAAAAUUCAGAUUAGAGAAAAUGGCCGAGGCAAAUAAAUUGCGCCUCGUCAUGGAGGCUGAGGCUGAAUCCGAAGCUAUUAAGAUUCGCGGUGAGGCGGAAGCCUUCGCUAUCGAAGCGAAAGCUAAGGCAGAGGCAGAACAAAUGGCAAAGAAAGCUGCGGCAUGGAACGAGUACAAGGCCGCAGCCAUGAUAGACAUGAUGCUUGAUGCACUUCCAAAGGUCGCCGCCGAAGUAGCCGCUCCUCUCUCUCAAGCAAAAAAGAUAACCAUGGUUUCGAGCGGUAAUGGCACUGUUGGUGCAGAAAAACUAACCGAGGAAGUUUUCAACAUUGUACAACGUGUUCCAGAUCUUGUUAAAAAUUUGACGGGCGUGGACAUUGCGAAGUCGGUACACGCUGCGUAAAUAUACGACACGAAGAACAAUUGAGCAAUUUUCUCUGGUCAUACGUUUUUCAAUGUAUACAUUUACAAAAAAGUAUUCAGUGCAUCCUUUUGUUAUAUAUACAUUUACUUUAAAUAUCUUGCCCUUUAGCGUGGGCUAAGUGUAAUAGAACAUCGGGAUUCCUCUAUUGCGAAAAUUCAACACUUUCACUGCCAUUUUUUAUAGCUUCUGUGUAAAACACGUGUGUGUUAUAUGGUCCCAAAUUGGGCGCAUUACUUUCGGUUUCGAAAGCUAGUUAGCCAGUUAAUGAUCUGAUUUUUAUUACAAGAGAAUUUAAAGAAUGUAGUACUUCGCACAAGGAAUUUCGCGUGAUGUGUGUGUAUCAUUUGUUCAUUCCAAUAAUUUUUACUAAUCAAGACAGUGAAAGUGUGGUUUGACAUAUAUCGCUUAUUACUGAUAUUAUUUUUAUACCAAUCACUUUUUAAUUUUAAGAUUUUACUAACUGCUUAAUUAUAUUUUCCUAACUCAACGUACGUUUAAAUAAAAAGAACAGUGUGCGCGUUCUCUAUGUCGAAUCUCUUGAGGGCAUGAUGGUCCCCCCGUAUGUAAUUCUAUGCCAAUAUGUGCCGAAUGCUAUUUCUCCAAAUAUAUUCUAUUAUCAUGUAUCUUACAAAUAUAAUUAAGCAUCUGUUUAGAGA